CCUGGCGCCGGAAGAGAAGCGGGUCUCUUUGGGGCCGGCCAUCUUGUGGGGUAUCGCGAGCAGGGGGCUGGGGCCUGGGCAGCAUCGGAGGAGGAUCCCGCCGAGAGGGGCCCAUCAUGCCCGGACACCUGCAAGAAGGGUUCGGCUGCGUCGUCACCAACCGCUUCGACCAGCUCUUUGACGACGAGUCGGACCCCUUCGAGGUGCUGCGGGCGGCCGAGAGCCGGAGGAAGGAGAGCGGCGGCGGCGGGAGCCAAGGGGGCGGCGGCGGCGGGCCCCGUAGCGGGCAGGCGGCUCAGGCCAACUCCUCUGGCGGGGUCGGCAGCGGGGGCUCGGGCCAGGCUGGGGGAGGCGGCGGCGGCAGCAGCAGCGCGGCCAAGCAGCUGCGCAGGGAGUCCCAGAAAGAGCGCAAGAACCCGCUGCCCCCCUUCGCUGCCGCGCCCGGGGGCGCCGGCGACCGCAGGGAGGAGGGCAGCGGGCAGCCCGCCGCGCCGCUGAGGAAGGAAGGUAUAAGACGAAUUGGCAGACGGCCUGAUCAGCAGCAGCCUCAGGGUGAAGGCAAGCCUAUUGAGAGGAGACAAGAGAGACGACCGCCUCGUGAACGCCGAUUUGAUAAACCUGCUGAAGAGAAGGGUGAAGGAGGGGAAUUUUCUGUGGAGAAACCCAUUAUUGACCGACUUAUACGUGGUCGUGGUGGUCCAGGCGGAAGAGGUGGACGUGGUGGUCGUGGACGUGGAAUGGGCAGAGGAGAUGGCUUUGACUCCCGUGGCAAGCGUGAAUUUGACAGGCAUAGUGGAAGUGAUAGAUCUUCUCUCUCACAUUCCCAUUUCAGUGGCCUAAAGCAUGAGGAUAAACGUGGUGGCAGUGGAUCACACAACUGGGGAACCGUCAAAGAUGAGCUAACUGAUUUGGAUCAGUCAAACGUGACCGAGGAAACACCAGAAGGAGAGGAACAUCCACCUGCUGAUUCUGAGAAUAAAGAGAAUGAGGUGGAAGAGGUUAAGGAAGAAGGCCCAAAAGAAAUGACCCUGGAUGAAUGGAAAGCUAUUCAGAAUAAGGAUCGUGCAAAAGUUGAAUUCAACAUCCGUAAACCAAAUGAGGGUGCUGAUGGGCAAUGGAAAAAAGGAUUUGUUCUCCAUAAGUCAAAGAGUGAGGAGACGAAGGGGAUGACAGAAAUGCCGGGGAGUCCGCUGGAGUCAAAUGAGGCUCAUGCUGAAGACUCUGUAAUGGAUCAUCACUUCCGUAAACCAGCAAAUGAUAUUACGUCCCAGCUGGAGAUCAAUUUUGGAGACCUUGGUCGCCCCGGACGUGGUGGCAGAGGUGGUAGAGGUGGCCGGGGACGUGGUGGAAGGCCCGGGCGUGGAAGCAGAACUGACAAAUUGGUGAAGGAGUUUGACGUGAUCCACACACCCAGUCAGUCAAGUGCUUCUGCUCCUGAUGUAGAUGACCCAGAGGCUUUCCCAGCUCUGUCCUAAACUGGAUGUCAUAAGCCAACUCUGCCCCCUCGCUGGGCCCUCCUCUACGAGGCUUGCAUGCUUAAGGAUCCUAAACAACUAAGAAAUUUAAAAAAUGAGACUGUCAUUCAUACCAUUCACACCUAAAGACUGAAUUUUAUCUGUUUUGAAAAUGAACUUCUCUCGCUACACAGAAGCAACAAUAUGGUAGUCAGUUUUGUAUUUAGAAAUGUAAUGGUAGCAGGGAUGUUUUCAUAAUUUUUUCAGAGAUUAUGCAUUCUUCAUGGAUACUUUUUUGUAUUGCUGCUUGAAAAUAUGCGUUUCCAAACUUGAAAUAUAGGUGUGAACAGUGUGUACCAGUUAAA